AAUUAAUCAAGUCAGUGCUAAAUCAAUUGUACAAGACAAGAGAGAGGUACCGUCACAUUGACAGGAAAUGCGUUCGUGAUUAUUUUCUCUAUAGUCAAGUUAUUCAAGACGAAGAAAGAUAAAAAGAAUGCUAUGAUCAACAAAAUCUUACUUUGUAAUCUGUCAGCGUCUGAUUUUCUCGUUGGGGUUUACACAUUUUCCAUAUGCAUAAUGAGUAUAACAAUGCGAGGUGAGUAUUGCAAAGAAGAUAUAGAAUGGAGAAGUGGAAAAACCUGUUCUGCUAUUGGAACUCUGCUUAUGAUUGGAACAGAGUCUUCAGUUUUUACUCUCACAAUCAUUACAGGAUUUAGAGUAUAUACUGUUCUGAGACCAUUUAAUGAAGUUAGCCUCAGAACAAUCCGCCCUAUUAUCGUAUUGUCAUGGACUCUUGCUAUUGCAAUUGCCGUGAUUCCGUUGUUGCCAGUUACUGAAGACUACUUUGUGGACAAUGUAUGGUUGAGUCAAAAUCCAUUUUUUUCAAUAAUCAACAAAAACGAAAUAAGGGGAAUAAAUCAAUGGAUUUCAACAAUACAAACUGAAAAUAAUGAUACAUUGAAAUUAAGUGACUCAUGGUCAGCAUUGGAAACUAUGCUCAAAAGACUAAAUCCUAAAUUCAAUAUUGACCGAAAGUUUGGAUAUUACUCAACUCAUACCGUUUGUCUCCCGACACUAUUUCCGAAUCCAAUAAAGGAUAUGGCAUGGGGUUAUUCACUAAUCCUUCUCAUCAUCAAUUUCUUGGCCUUUUUUGUGAUUUCAGUCGGAUAUUUUGUGAUAUAUAAAAAUUCAACUCGAGAAAAUAAAGCAUUGACCAACCAACAGUUAAAGAAAAGGGCAAAAUCCAUGCAGAAAAAAGUUACCGUGAUCAUCAUAACAGAUUUGUUGUGUUGGAUGCCAAUUUGUAUAAUGGGAUUUCUACAAGUUGCUGGCAUAGAUAUACCAAACGACGCUUAUCUUCCUGUUGGGCUAAUGAUCAUACCAAUCAAUAGCAUGAUAAAUCCUGUGUUGUAUUACGCUCCUCCCACACCUAUUAAAUAUAUUUUGGCUUGGUUCAGAAAAAGGGUUCAUGCAAAACACGAACAUGCAGCCGAAAGCCCACAAAAGAAAAUUGACAAAAAUGGAAAACAAUAUGAAAACUGAACAAGUAUAAUGACGCAUUUCUGCAAAAGAGCACUUCUAAAUAGAUUUAAAAACUCGGACAACCUUGUAAC